UUUGAAUGGCUCUAUGCGUCACAGCCCAGUUGUUUUGGAAGUUCAGUUGCUGGACAGUUUACCAGACCAGAAUCUGAUUGAAAAACUUGUGUGUGUUGAUUGCACUAAAAAAUGCAGCCAUGCCCCAUCAAUUCAUGUGUAUGUUGAAACAACACAGGCGUCUGCAUCAGAUCUACAGGAUAUAUCCAUGCUUAUAAACUCAUUCAUUCUAAAUAAACACACUGAGAACUGUGCAGAAAUACUCUUCUUUGAAAAAGGAACAUUUAAACAUUAUGAGCAGCAAAAUGGCGAUUUCAUGCGCUUUCAAAUGCGUGACAAUGUUGUUUGUGGUCGAAUGAAUGAAAAUGUUGUCUACAAAUGGAUCAGUUGUGAUUAUGAGGAAAUUUCCGCAAGAAACAAUGAAAAAUGUUCAAAAUGUUAUGGUACUGAUCUGUUGAAGCCCCUGUCGAUGAAAUCUUUUGAUGUUCUAAACGAAUGGUACAUCGAAUCACCACUUAUCUGCCAAAUACUCUUCGAAACAUUUCUAAAUCCAAAGAGCUUGAGGAAACGGGACAAUCUUGAGAUGUUUCUGCAGAAUAAAUACUCACGUUUCUACAGCCUUUAUGAUAUUUUGCUGAAUAUACACAACAAGAAAUAUCACGGCAUUGUUCAAGAGAUGCAAACAAAAGAACUGUCCAUGAACUUCCAAUGUAUUUCUACAGUGUUUCAAGUGACAUCAACAGCUGGGGCUACACAAAGUUUGAGAACUGCAGAAAGGAAACUGAAACAAGAGUCGGAAAUUGAGCUGACAUACUACAAUACGUACUUGAAGAAAUAUCCAUUGACUUACACUUCUUCUGCUGGAACAAAAACAGAUUUGGUGAAUUUGCGAGGCUGCAUUCUGAUUUUAAUGAUGGACAAUUUGGUCAGAAUGAAAUAUCACGGUGACCCCAAUCCGGGUGAACACAGAUCAAUGCAGAUAUGCACUCUCCCGAUCACUGUUAAAGGACUUCCAAUAGAUUCGAUUGAGACAGAAACGUGGCAUGAAAGUAGCUGUCAAACGUCCCAAAACAUUUGCGAAUGCAAGAAGGACACCCACCUCCAGAAAGAUCAAAUUGACACAUACAUUUUGUCGUUGUCAGAGGAGGAAAAGUCAUCAUUUGGAAGGUUUCGUCAACUAUGUUGUCUUGGUAGUCGACGUUUAUGGACGCAGAUAUUAGAAGAAGAGCUGCACCUUACAACACCUGUCAGGCCACAGAACAAUGACUUGGACAUGUCCUUUGCUUCACUUCUUCUUGAUGAUAUGCCAGAAUUGGAGGAAGAUACGACGACCGGUGAAGCUAUGGUACUCAUUGAAAAUGUGGAAAGGAUUGGUGAAAUAAACGAAACAGAAGAAGAUGUUAAUGAAGAUAUUAGGGGGUUAGAUCUGGAUGACAUUGAGAUUGAUGAAGCCGGUCUGUCGUAUGAACCAUGGGAUGUUGAGGAGAGUUUGUUUAUAGGUGAAUUCAUGCCCGAAAAUGAAAUGUCAGAGAUCAUUGAUGUUUCUAUCAUAAACGAAAUCGACAGCAGUGAAAUAAGAGAUACUGAUAGUGCAAAAGAAGAAUCCUACUCGAUUACCUUGGUUUCCAGCAGUACAAACCACCUACACUCCUAACACGGCACCCUCCACCAGCUUUAGGAAGAGAUGAUGACAUUGAAAAACUGAAAGAGGUCCUUGACGAUGUACUUACCAAGUCUGAUAACAACCACAGUGAAGCACAUAAAGUUCUGUUCGGUCCUGAUAACAAAAUUUCGUCAAAU